AUCAGCUUCGCUUCUACGUCAUCGUCUUCUUCGCUUCGAUACUACCGACCUUUCGACUCGAUCCAUCUUCUGAUUCUCCUCUUCGACUCUCACCCUCCGAGUUCAUACUCUACCGCAUCAUGCUGCAGCAGAUUUUGCGAGUUCUGAAUAAGAGCGAAUGCUGAUGCUUUCAAUAACAGUUCAGCCUAAGGGCAAGGGUAACAAGAAGGCCCAGGAUGCCGCCAAGGCCGCUCUCAAGGGCUCCAACUCCCACAAGAAGGUCAAGGCUCGCUUUAGCACCUCCUUCCACCGCCCCAAGACCCUGAUCACCUCGCGAGCCCCCAAGUACCCUCGCCGAUCCAUCCCUCACCAGCCCCGCCUCGAUGAGCACAAGAUCAUCGUCCACCCUCUCAACACCGAGAGCGCGAUGAAGAAGAUGGAGGAGAACAACACUCUCGUCUUCAUUGUCGACAUCAAGAGCAACAAGGCCCAGAUCAAGCUUGCCCUCAAGAAGCUCUAUGACAUUGACUGUGUCAAGAUCAACACCCUCAUCCGCCCUGAUGGCACCAAGAAGGCCUACGCUCGCCUGACCCCUGAUGUCGAUGCUCUCGACAUUGCUGCCAACAAGCUCUCUCUCGUCUAAAAAUACCACUGGGCUUGUGGGUUUCUGGCUUCUCUGGCGUGUCUUUGGGUUGGUUUUUGGCCUGCUGAAAAUGCAAGGCAAUGGGCAUCGGAAUAGGCGUAAAAAGAACUUCUCGUUGAGAGUGCAAAUGAUCAUGAAUUCAAUACCACCCGGGACACGGCUCCGCUUAGUCGUCUAAGAUGCUGCCUUGACAUGAUUUGAGUGACAAUACGUGGAUGUGAUUUGUAGUUACGGGUCGCAAGUGUUUUUGCAUUGUUUGUUUCCAACAAGUCUUGGGGAACAGUUGUAGAAAUUACG